CGUGUCCAGUUGGGUCAAAAACGGUGACGCAGAUUUUGUGCGACGGUGUCGCGUGCAAGCUGUCGCAAAAACAGGCAAGCAUGGCUGCAAUUGGCAUUUGUAAACAAUGGUUAUUUCUUUCGUGUGACACAAAGUUAAUAGCCGCUCACAUACAGCAGGACAGGGAGCCAUUUGUGUUUGACUGUAGCACUGCUGAGAAAAAGCAAAAACAUCCAAAGAGUGACAACAGUCUGGCAGAGGAAACAGAAAGUGAUAAAGUGCUGGCAUUUACCAUUUCACCAUCUGGAAAACUGCUGGCACUGACAGAUGACUCCAAACGACUGGUCCUCUUUCGGUGUGAGCAUUCGUGGCAGUGUGUCAGCAUCAGGUGGUUGGUGAGGAGGGGCACAUCCCUGGUGUUUACCUCGGCAGAAGACGAGGUGCUUGUUGCUGAUAAAUCCGGCGACGUGUACUCCUUCUCAGUCGUGGACCAGGAGAGAGAGGGCGAGCUGAAGAUGGGACACUUAUCCAUGGUCUUAGCUGUUACCUUGUCCCUGAAUGAUAAGUACAUCAUCACCGCUGACCGAGAUGAAAAAAUAAGAGUGAGCCACCUCAGUUCUCCAUACAACAUCCAGUCUUUCUGUCUAGGACAUCAACAGUUUGUUAGCUCUCUUCUGGUCCCAUCAGGCCAUCCACACUGGUUGCUGUCAGGAUCAGGGGAUGGGACCAUGAAGCUGUGGGAUAUUACGUCUGGGAAGAAGCUGCAUAGUUGGGACCUGAAACCGCUUGAAGAGGGACUUGGCUCCCACUCAGAGAAAAAGCUAACUGUUUGCCAAAUAACCAGCUCUCCCGAUGGGUGUCACAUAGCUGUACAGUGUGACAGAGUGUCAACGAUUCAGUUUUUCAUGCUGGACCAGGAUGAUGAAGAGAAGAAAUUUGUACCACACAGCAGGCUUUCCCUCCCCUUCUGUCCUUUGGAUAUGACCUUUGACCCACAAGGUCGGCUUUGGGUGCUGAUGGAUUCCUGUGAAACUCCGCUACAAGUAUAUAAGCUUGAACAAAGCUCUUGGAAGUGUGAAGCUGAAAGCCCUGAACUCAAACGUGUGUCCGAGGCCUUCAAGCCCCACUGGCAGAGUCUUGAUGCUUCAACUCGGACCACCAGCCGCUUUGAGCAUCUGCACAAGGCGACUUUUGAUAACAUGACAGAAUACCUGGAGAAGAAACAACACAGACUGGCGGCGCAACAGCAGAAGAGGGGGAACAUGGGACAGAAAGAGGAUGGCAAGAAGAAGGCCAGGAAAGAAGCUCUAAUGGAUGUGUCGUCUACAUGAAGUGACGAUUUGAAUGGAGCACUUAUUUUACGUGCCAUCAUGUUGAUUGGCUAACAUAUGUUGUUCAUUUCUCAAACAUUUGUUUUGAUCUAAAAAAAUAAACUUAGAGCUGAAUGGAGCGUCAAUGUUUCAAAAUCUACAAUUCCUUUAAGACAAAACAAGUUUAAAAUUUAAGUCAUUUUUAUUAUUUUUUUGUAGGAAAGAACAAAGUUGACUAAAAUUCUGUACAAUCUGUAUAAAACACUUCAAAUAUUACAAAAAACAAUGUAAGAUAUGUAUCUAAAUAAAGUUUGUUCACCUGUACAAAUGAAUGUUUCCCUAAAAAAAAAAAGAAAAGGUGUCCACUGAGUUCAUCAGUAAUUGGUAACAUGUCGGAAUUAUUUCAUCACUCAAGACUAAAUAUCGAUGAUUGUCCAAGAUGUGAAGCAGUAUUGCUGGUUCUUCCUCAGGCUCAAGUGCGUAGAAGACACUGACGGAAGGCUUUGGAAGGCCUGAAAUCACCAACCAUGUAUGAUGAGUACAUGUUUUUUUUUUUUUUACUUGCAAAUGUUAAAACCACAAUGAACAAAGCAAUUUCAUUUUAGCUUAUUUCUUC